GCGGGGGCGGUGGGGAUGCGGUGGGAGGUCGCUGACAAUGGCGGCGGUGAGUGGUUCGUUGUCGGAGCUCUCGGAAAACUUUAACGGUUCCCUGUGCCGGAAAUGCUCUGGUUUGGAGCGCGCGGCUGCCGCCGCUAAGUGGGUCCGUCUGAAUGUCGGUGGCACCCGGUUCCUGAGCACCCGCCAGACUCUCUGCCGCGACCCCAAGUCAUUCCUAUAUCGACUGUGCCAAGCCGACCCCGACCUGGAUUCUGACAAGGAUGAGACUGGUGCCUAUCUAAUUGACCGAGAUCCUACCUACUUUGGACCCGUGCUUAAUUACCUGCGACAUGGGAAACUGGUUAUUAAUAAAGAUUUAGCAGAGGAAGGUGUGCUGGAGGAAGCAGAAUUUUACAACAUUACAUCACUAAUAAAGUUAGUGAAAGACAGAAUAAGAGAGAGAGACACCAAAACAUCGCAGAUUCCCAUGAAGCAUGUCUACCGAGUAUUGCAGUGCCAGGAAGAGGAGCUCACCCAAAUGGUGUCUACAAUGUCUGAUGGAUGGAGGUUUGAACAGCUGGUCAGUAUAGGUUCCCCGUAUGGCUAUGGGCGGGAUCAUCAGUCAGAGUUUCUGCUGAUUGUGUCGCGGGAAGUGAAGGGGGAAGAGACCAGUUUCCACAACAGCACCAGCGAGUUAGUCAGUAUUGGCUCUUCCUAUAACUAUGGAAAUGAAGACCAGGCUGAAUUUCUUUGUGUUGUCUCCAGGGAGUUGCAUAAUGCUCCAUAUGGCACAAACACGGAACCCAGCGAAAAAGCCAAGAUUCUGCAAGAACGAGGAUCACGGAUGUGAUGUCAGUUCUGUAUUGACCUAUCAAGAAAUUUUAAGUUAUUUUACUUUCUGGAGAAAUGCAAGAGGGAGCAGCCAGAACACUUCCUGCAAAACCUUUGAACCUUGAUCUCCCUCUCUGCCUCCGCUGUACAAAGACUGAGUUUUCGUACUGACAGUGAACAUUUCAAGAGUUUAGAAACCUUAAUGCAUCAUAAAGACAUCUGUAUAUUGAAGCAUGUCUAGCUAGGGGCAACAGUACCACUUCAGCGAUGGAGUACAACUGGUCAACAGCCUACUUUGGCAAAGUUUUGCUCCUUGGAUUAAACCAAUAAAUGCCUAUUUGUAAAAUAAUUAGGUUAAAAUAAUAUUUUGCAAAAAAGCCUGGAACUUGAACUGAGUGUAAAGCUGAGGUAACAGUUUAUUGAUCAUGGAGUAAAGGCUGUGUCAUAUUCAACAGAUGUGCUUCCACAUGGCUCUGAUUAAGCUAAUUCCUUCAGAAAUGUAUGUAGGCUGUAAGAGGAAGCACACACAGUGGCUGGGUAAUCACCUCUCACUGUACUUCAAAAUCAGUUGCUUCAGUUUGCUAGAUGUUCUGUGGAUGCUGGAGAUGGACCCAAGCAGUUCCAACUGGCGUUUCAUGUUUUAUUAAGUAAGAUAGCCAUCAGUGUCGACUGAAAGCAGUUUAUCUUGAAGAUCAUAGGGAAAAUGUACAAGGAACUGCCAAAUUCUGACAGAAUAUUUUUAAAAGGUCGCAUGGUGUAAUGCUUUUUAAUUUUAAUAAUUGCUGUUUUCAACACUUGAGAAGUGGUUUGUACACUUUUGGAUUCUCUCUCUCUCUAUCACACGCACACUCUCACACAUAUAUUUUUAGGGGUUUUGUGUACUAUUAAAGACCUAUAGUUCAAGCUGUUAAAUCUUUCCAGUAUGUUUUAAACGUUUAUAUAUCUAUAUAAAAAAAACUUGCUGAAGCCAACACUUAGACUUGUUGCAAUUCUGGCUGUUUUCAGAACUUUUCAAUUGAUUGUACCUAAGUACAGUGAAAUGCAAGCAUUACAAGCAGAUCAUAGUAAGUAAGGACAUAUAGAUCAUAGGGUGAAGAGAGCUUGGACAGAGUGAGGCGGGUUCCACUGCCCAGGAUAUACGCGAGGCAAGAACAACAUUAACAAGAUCAACAUUAUUUGAAGGUAGAGAGUCCAAUUCAUCAGUUUAAUAAUGGCAGGGAGGAAGUGGUUCUUGAACCUGUUGGUGCUGUGUUCAAGCUUCUAUAUGUUCUGCCUGACAGAAUUUCUCAUUGUUGUAACUACUGAUAUCUAUUGCGCUUUUUAGUGUGUUUCACCCUUUCUUCAGGGACAUUGUCCGUUAUUGGCCAUUUAAACAAAAAUCACCUCAGUGAAACAAUUUAGCCGGAAAACCAUUUAAAUUGAGCUGUUUGUGCUGAAUAUGGCACUCCUUUUCCCAAUUCAGUAGGAGAGUUUAAGGGUUCUAAAUCUCUCUCCCUUCAUAAAGGUUAAUUUUUCUGUUUCAUUUAGUGUUUUAAUCAGACAUGGAAAAUGUCUAUGGUGUCACUUAGUACCUUAAUGCUUAAUAUGGCCUCAACUAGGGUGACAAUAUAGGCCUUGCAAGUAAUCUCCAUAUUCCUGAAUAAUUGAUGUAGGCUCAGUCAAAAUUUCCGCUUUGAUGCACUAUCCAUUGACUCCAGCUGGAAUGUACAUGAAUUGGCAAUAGAAGUGAGAACAAGUUCGGUUUACGCUGUAGCCACAUUUUAUUGUAAACGAGUCUCUUUUAACAAUACACCUGUAAACAUAGAAAAUAAAAUUAGACACCUGGGUGUCAGUGAUGGGUAUCUGUAGAGUUCAGCAAACAAAAUAACAGCCAAGUGCCACUGCUUUGUACCUGUGUGAGCUGAACAAACAACAUUUAUAUGUUCAGCCCCACACAGGAUUUCCCAUGUUUACACAGAUCUGCACACUAGUUCUGCUCCUGUGUACAUAGCCCAACAUACGGUUCACUUUGUGUAUAUCCAGUCUUUCACACCAUUUCACCUUGUUUUCGCAGUCCAUGUGCCGCUUUCCCUUGUGUUUACGCAGUCCACGUGCUGCUUUCCCUUGUGUUUACACAAUCCAUGCGCUGCUUUCCCUUGCGUUUGCACAGUCCACACACCGCUUUCCCUUGCGUUUGCACAGUCCAUGCAGUUUUUUCUUGUACUUAAUCUGCUGUUAAAACCAAAAGAUUGGGGGUAUUAAAUAUGUUUAAAAUUAUGUUGAACAGAACAAGGUUGAAAACUGACUUUAUUCCAGUGUUCAUAUAAGAUUGCAUGUGGGAGAUUUAGAACAAAUAUCAAGAGAAACUUCUGAGUUGAGACUGUAAAAGUCAUUUUCAGGAUUAGUGGUCAAUGCAGAAACUGUCAAUGUAUCAGAAUAACUAAGAUUGAGAGAUGCAAGAGAAAGGGAAGAGGAAUAUAGAUAAAGGUGGAUAAAUGUGUUUACUUCCACAAAAAGUGUUAAAACACUGACGUGUUUGUUGGAUUGAAUGGUCUGUUUCUGUGUUGUAACUUUAAUGUAUUUCUGUACAUUUGUAGUUGAUGUAUAAAUGGUUAAACGCAUUGUUCUGAUUUGUUUGUAGUAGGAGAAAGGAAUUUAAUAAUAGUGAAUUUACACCUCCUAGACUUUCCUUUGAUUAGUCUCUGACCCAUACAACUGUCCCAGGUUUGCCACCUGAACUGUGCAAACAAAGUGAGUCUGAGCCAGAAAGGCAUUGGUGGGCCAAAUUAGCCCCAGCACCUGAACUAAAUAAAACUAAUUUAUCUCUUGGAGUUUCUGUUUGCCUCUGUCAAAAGGUGUGCAAAUACUUGUAAAUGACGACUUGCAAUUGGGAUGAGGUAUUUGUCUGAUACCUUUGCAAUUGCACAUCAGCAUACGCUAUUACCAUCAAUACAUUAGAACAGAAUAAUUGCAUUUUACUGGUCCACUUCAGGUCAAGGCUAUGAACAGCACAGUGUAUGAUCACUAAGUAGUCCAAGAAUAGAUGCAAUGAGAGAGAAUCUUUUAAGGUUCAUGCCUAUGUUCUAGGGGUGUCUGGUCCUUAUGACAAUUAUAAAAACAGUUAAUUUUGGGAAUUUAUUCCGCACACAUUUAUCAAAACAUACUAAUUUGGAUUCCUAAGAGAGCGCUUUGGGAAGUGUUGUCAAUUAAGCUGUGGUUUUCUGAUCAUUCUUCCAAACCUAUUCAAUUUUUGUUGUGAUAAAUCUGCAAAAGCUGAAAGCUUUUUUUUGUAUAUUGUUGCAUUGGUUGAACACAAUAAAAGCCAGUCCCUCACUGAGUGCAAUGA